AUGGAUAAUGAUGACGAUGAUGAGAUGAUAUAUGAUGAUGAUGAUGAUGAUGAUGAUGAUGAAAAUGAUAGUCGUGAAAAUUAUUAUUGAUAAUUUAUUAUUAAUUCCGCGUAGUACCGGUUCAUGUUGGUAUACCAAUUUCACGGCAAAUCAAUGAUAUUCUUUUAGAAAACUUGCUGCUUUAUUUUGUUAAUCAUUUUCUUAUGCUAUAACUGGUAUUACAGUAUUAGCCUUAUUUGCAUAAGAAAAAUAAGGAAUUCUCUAUGAAAAUAAGGUCAACAUCAGCCUCGCGUUCAAUAAAAGACUAGCUAGUUUUUUUUGUCUAUUCUGUUCAAAUUGUUCCCUGCUAGCACAGGCCCUUUCUUGCCUGGUACUUCGCCCGGAGGACGGAAAAGAGACUCAAGAAACGGUCAAUAAACACUACAAGGAAAAUGCGUUUUGUGCAAAGGACCGUGGACGAGCGUGGGCGGCGGCUUCAUAGUUGUCUGUCUCGGCCCUUGGCAGAGGUCGAGUCCUUUCCUCCCUCCCGCCGAAUACCAGGAAGAAGAGGUCUCUGUUUGCAGGGAAUUCAAAAUAUCUCCUAAAGUUGAAAAAGGGGUUGUCGUCAAUAAAGCAAAUCAAAAAUAAGAAUACGGACAAGCAAGUCUACUUUGACAGCUUAAAAGGUGUACCACGUACUCAUACCAGCUCCAACGUAAGGCCUUUAUUCAUUUAUAAUUUGUUUAUUAUUUAUUUAUUUAUCCUUUUACUUAUUUUCAUUUAACAGCUCGUUCAAUAAAUUGUGAUUGAAACUUUUUUCUUUCAGGGAGAGAACACAACUUUAUGAAAUUCAGCAAUUCACUAAUUGAUUCGCUUGGAACCCCUUACGAUUACCGUAGUGUAAUGCAUUACUCAGAGAACGCAUUCUCUAAGAACGGAUUACCCACAAUAUUGGUUAAACAGGAAGGGGUGUGUGUACGGUACAUUAUAAGAUUAUUUACAUAUCACUAGAACAAUCUCCAUACCAUUAUUUUUUGUUUUCAAAAUCGAGCUAGCGUUUACCUGAUUUCUAUAGGCCAGGCCAGUUUCGAAGAUCACGGCCAUAUUUAUCGUAGAUUUAUUCACGUGAACUCGAGUUAAUAAUACCUGCCUUGGUGGAUAAAUCUUUAUACAAAGUGCACCUUGCGAAAUCUUGGUAUGAACUUUUGAAAACUGCAAUCAAAAGGCCACGAAAUCGACAUAAAAUCACACUUAACUAAAAUGCACAAAAAACAAUUAAGUUAAUUGUUGGCUUCACACUAGAAGCGAAGUUGUAUGUUCUAGUAUGUUCUAUCACUGAUACUAUCUGAGAUUCUAUUUCCUCUCUUGCUGCUGCCGAUUAUCUAAACGUGACCCGCGGUGUCCAACAAGAAAGCUCUUGCUCUUGGACACUUUACACGGAUGAACUUAAUGUAUUUUAUCUUAACGAUUAUUUAUCAGCUACUUAUGUUUUCCUACUUACGUACACUAGUGUAAAUUCCUCAGUAUAUAGUGUGAGACGGAAAGAAAGAAAGUAGUUUUACGUGAAUUUGAUUCUUUUCUAGCCAUUUCGUUAGAAGAAAAUUUCCAGAUUGACUCCCUUUUUUAACUUCCCGCUUAAUAUUACUGUUAAAAAGCGAAAACGGAAACAAACACAAACAAAAUUUAAUCUAGUUCCAGAAAAUCAUUGGACAGCGAGAUGGCUUAAGUGCUAAAGAUGCAGAUCAGGCAAACAAACUGUACAAACAAUAUGGUAUGUAUAAUAAUUAUCAUAAAUUAUUCGUAAACAGUGCAAUUAUCUCUGGACAAUUCUUACUCAUGGCGACCCUAACGUGACAAGGAAUUAAAGGAAAAAUCAUAUUUAUAAAUCAUAUCUAUAUGUGUGAUUACACUUACGUGUCUAGCUAUAUCAUGAUAACGGAUCGUUUUCUGUUUUUCCUUACCUAUUAACUAAACUUCCUAAACUUCCUAUUUGAUACAAGUAGCUCACAAAUUGAUAAGGAGGAGAGCUUUGCACAUGCAUUUGAAUUCAUAAGAAUGCAAAAACAAUCGAUCAAGGGGAUCAUUUUCCCAUAUCAAACAACUCAUUUAUCAGCAUUCGUUAAUUUGAGAAGGAGCUGAAGGUAAAAAUUACCAUGUCAUAGUCAGUGAAAAUGGGUUAUUAACCUACGUACACUUUUGGUCUCCCCCAAAUACCGGAAGGACGCUAUGUAUAUUGUGCUACGGAGAGGCUCUUGGGAAGCGGAAGCAAGGCCAAAGACAUAUUAAUCAAGUUCAUAUAUAUGUGUUACGCAAACGGCAUACUGCUAGAAUAAAUUUUUGGCUUUAAAUUUAUAUUUCUGAAGGUGUUGCCGGAGGAGUUAAGGUAACAACACCACCAGCGGUGACUGGAAUUCCCACAACUAUCACCGACCACCGUAAGUGCACCUGUUAUGUCCCAUGUAAGAGAAUCCGGAUUCCAGAAUAG